CGAGCUUCUCUGCGCCGUAGAUAAUUUAUUUUUCACAUUUCAUUCCGUGUGCCGGUUCGGUACGAUAUCUCGAGGUAUUCAAGUCUACGGAUGUCCAGGGGCUCCUGCAUUUUGACUACUUUUAACGGUUACUUCAGAGCAACCGCUAAUGCCUCUUUAUACGGUCGCAGGAUAAAGAGACAAUAAACCCAGGGAGUUAAUAACAACACCAACAACAAUAAUAAUAAUAAAAACUUGGACAUCAUUGAAAUUGUGAAAAAUUGCAGUCCGUUUAUUUGAAAAUAAGUAAAUUAACAAUAGUGUCAUCACCUUUGUGUUUCUUUUUUCCCAAAAAAUAAAACACGAAUAAAGAUAAAUAAAAUAUGGCGGCUGCUAGUGGAACGUGCCGAGCCUUGAUCAUCGUGAGGAUCGAAAUGACUCGACCGCUGACUGUUGCAUCCCUGACCACUCCAAGACGGUAUAGAAAUGAGACAUGGUGUCGAAGAUGGUGGAAUAUAUCACAACGUUGUUUAUCAAUGACAACCAAUAACUUCACUCCAACUCUUAGUCCAUUGCUGAGGAGAGAGACGAGGGAGUUCAAGGAUACCAACACCGUACAGAAAAUAACAAAGGAGGCGAAAAGUGCUAGAGAAGUUGAACCCGAUAGUUCUAUACUAACAGAAGUCAACGUUGAUUUCCAUCGAGGGUUUCCAAGGAUCACAGUGCCCCUGCCUUCGAGAAAAGAAAGAUGUAUUUUUACCCUUAAACCAAUUACUCAUACCGUUGGUGAUUUUCUCGAUAUGCUUAAAUUCGAGGAUCGCGGAAUUGAUCGUGCAUCAAUAACGACGAUGGAUGGAACAAGAAUAGGAAGGAGUAAUACAAUAGAAUCACUUCUGGAUACUCACUUCAAGUUAAUUAUCAAUGAUGCAACUUAUGAGGUUAUACCUCCAGCUCAGGAGAGCUAUUCAAUGGAAACUAUUGACAAGUUAUCGGACGUGCAGAUGACUGUAUGUCAGUUAUAUGAAACCCUCCACUGCCAAGAGUACAACUCAAUCCUAGAGAGGGAAACUGUUGCAGAAUUGGAGCAAGUCAUGGUCGAGCUGGAGCCACUCGAAGCGAAAAAACUGGAAUUGGAAGUAACCUCAGAGAGGCGUGCUAAUUUACACGCAUUAUUUGGUCUAAUGGCGAUGGGUGUCCAAGUAGGUAUUCUAGCCCGAUUAACAUGGUGGGAAUAUUCAUGGGAUAUUAUGGAACCUGUGACCUACUUUGUAACAUAUGUAACCGGCAUGGGAUGUUAUAUAUACUUCAUUAUGACAAGACAGGAAUUCAUGCUGCCUGAUGUGAUGAAUCGGAGGUAUUUACAGGUAUUUCACAAACGUGCUAAAGCUAUUGGCCUAGAUCUCAAUAUUUAUAAUGAAUUGCGGGAAAGAGCCUAUGAACUCGAGACCACAUUGAAAAUAAUACGUGGACCACUGUGGAAUCAUAAGCACAAAAUUGAACAAAAAAUACGAGAGAGAGGAGGGAGAUCGUCGAGUUCUGGCUCAAGCUCAGAGUCAAGAUCAAGAUCUAGAUCACCUUGUUCAAAUUUAGAUAAAAGUCAUCAAAAUAAUGAGAAAGUAUAUAAUAAAACGGACAAAUCAUGAAGUGAAUUAUCAGUAUGACCAAUGCUCAAUAGAGUGUAGAAUAUAUUUAUUAUAUUUAAUUAAUAAUACAUCGAAACCAAUGGGGUACUCUUCCAUUGCAAAUCAAGUCAUUGAUAAGUCAUGGGAUUAUGUCAUAUAUGCAACAUUAAUAUUCAUCUUUGCCACUGUUUAUUUAUUCAGCCUAGACUUGAUUAUGGGAGAGUGUUGGUGAUAUGCAAUUGAGUUAAGUCAUACAUUCUGUUGAAUUAUAAUUCAUUAGAAAUUAAUCAUAUGAAAAAAUUAUUCAUUAAUAUUCACUUAUAUUUUACCAUCAAAAUAAUACAGACGUGCCAAUAACAGUGGUGGCUUCUAGUCGAUUCAUGAUAUUAUGCUACCUCUCUGUAUCAAAACAUUAUUAUAAGAGCUCUGUGACCCAUUAACUUCGAUUACUACUUGUUGGCGGGUCACAAAAGCCCGGGAAAAUGAAAGAACUAAGUAUUUUACACGCUUAAAAAAAUGAUUAUCUCGCUUCUUAAGAUUACCUUCAAUCAACCACUACAUUUUAACAUAUAAUACGUGGCUGUUUCAAUUUCGGAGUUUAUGAUAAAUUAUGAUUCUUUGAUCAAGGAAAAAAAAUUCUUUGGUGAUAAAUACCUACUGAAAAUUUCAAAGCCAACUAAUCGUUGAAAGUAGCUCGUGUCAUUCCUCAAAGCCCGCUCAAUUAUUGAAAAUCUAUGGCUUUAUUUUAUAUGUUACUACCUGAUCAUCCGUCCGCCAUGAAUGCACGCAAACAAUUUGCAAUAAAAAUUUAAAACACUGUUGUAGUAAUACUACUCUCGAGGGUUCCUCAACUAAUUCGGCUAUUUAGCAAUUGUUCAAUAGGCCAAAUUAAAUUUUAAUAGAAAUAAUAUGGAAAAUUUGAAGUAGAUUUAAACAACAGGUGUAUUUAUCGGCAUAUAAAAAAAUCAGUCUUUUAUAGAAUGUAUUUCACUUCUACGCUAUCAUUAGUGAUAUCAAUCUGCGGUUGAUUUUAUGGAUUUUUGGAAUGGAAGGUAACGUCUAUAUCGGCGAUUAGGUUAUAAUAAUUGUUUUCUGUGUAUAUUUGUCUAAGAGAGGAAAAGGCAUUUUUUUCUUCAAAUAUUCAAUUGAUCUCAACUGAGCUCAUUACAUAGAUGAUAUAGAAAGUAUAUUCUUAUGUUUUAGUAAAAAUUUAGCGACAAUUAGAUGAGUGGAAGAAAUGCUACAUACCCACCCUUUUCUCUCUCUGUCUUUCAGUGCAAAUCCUUUUUGAAAAUGAAGGUGCUAUUAAGGUGUUAUUAUGUAUCAACUGUGAAAUUUAAUAACAAUAUUACUCUCGUCACAACAUGCCAAGGGAAUAGUUUGAAUAAUAGUUCACGCAUAAAAAUGCAUUGCACAAUCUUACAUAAGAGUUGAAUAAAAAAAAAAACAAUUCUCCUCUUCCAUUAAUAGAUAAUUUAUUGGGUGAUUUAAAAUAUUACGUAUUAUUUGGCUCAUCAUGAAAUUGUUGAAAUAUUUAUUUAUAUAUUGUAUUUAUCUCGUACUUAUGUCAAUAGACUUAUGAAAUUAUGUAAAGGAAUUAUAUUUUUAUUUAACGAUUUAUAUACUACGAUAAAACAAGAGGUCAAUUUUGUGCCAAUUCUUUAUUAUGAUAAUGUGCUGCUUUUCGAGCAUGUAUAAAUGCCUAAACUUUGCAUUGAAUGAGAACCAAUAGAGACUGCUUACUGAAUCAUUUAAAAAUUUGUUUAUAUACAUGCAGUUAGGAAUAUGAAUAAUGUAUAAAAAAUUGAAUAUUGUGCUUCUGUAGUGUAAAGUAUUUUCUGAUUGAUGUGAGUUUCUUACUCGAGCUAAAGAUGAGGGGCAUACUCACGUGAGUCUGAAAAUACUUUAGUAUCAUGUGGCAUACAAUAUUUUAGUUUCCUCUAUUCUCUCGGUUGGAUUGCACUUUUCAUUCAAGUAUAUAUUGAAGUGGAAAAAUUUGAUAUAAACUAUUGUUAUUUAUUCUGUUUCUUUCUUCUAUGAAAAUAUGAAAAUUAUAUGCCUGUAAAAAUUUAUAAUUGAAUUUAUGUUAUAAUACUGCAACACUCGAUUGAAGUCCCUUUGUAAAUAUUAAAAUUUCCAAUAAAAAUAUAUGAAUAUUUAUUCAA